AUGUCAAUGCGCCAAUGCAGAACGCCUUCUUCGUUUGUUGAAAAGCAUGAACUCUUUGUUAUUAAUACAUCGGAGGAAAUAUCAAGGCACAUGGAACUCAACCAAUAUUCCAGUCAUAUUAACUAUAUAUUAGGCAGCUGGAAGAGCUCUAUACUUGAUAGUGGUUCUUAUCGAGGUACUGAAACUAUAGUUCGAGCCGAAAUUCGUAUAAAACUGACAAAUCCGAGAACGAUAAGCGCAUUUCAGACCGCAUUAUUGAAACAUCUCAGUGAAAUGAAUGUCAAUGAUAUCUCUGGAACGGCGAAUGAAAACUAG